GGAAAGGCGGAGGUUUGCCCAGACAGCCCCCGCGGGGGUUGCGGUGGGAUAUGCUAAUAGUGCCCGGACACGGGGGCCGGCCUCCCUCGCCCAAGAAUAUAAAAAGAGCCCCAACCCCGGCCUGCAGAUCCAGGCCGACAGGAGUCUGCCCUUGUUAAUUACCCGAGAAACCGACCAGGAGCUCCGCCCGGGAUCUGCCCUCCCGCAGUCGCUCCUGGCUCCCGGUUCUCCCCUGUCGCUCUCACUGUGGUCCAGGUGCACCGCCGGCCUCUCGGCAGGAUGGACAUGAUGGACGGUUGCCAGUUCUCGCCUUCUGAGUACUUCUACGACGGCUCCUGCAUCCCGUCCCCUGAAGGUGAGUUUGGGGAUGAUUUUGAGCCGCGAGUGGCUGCUUUCGGGGCGCACAAAGCAGAGUUGCAGGGUUCCGACGAGGACGAGCACGUGCGAGCGCCUACCGGGCACCACCAGGCUGGCCACUGCCUCAUGUGGGCCUGCAAAGCGUGCAAGAGGAAGGCCACCACCAUGGACCGGCGGAAGGCAGCCACCAUGCGUGAGCGGAGACGCCUGAAGAGGGUCAACCAGGCUUUCGAGACGCUCAAGAGGUGCACCACCACCAACCCCAACCAGAGGCUGCCCAAGGUGGAGAUCCUCAGGAACGCCAUCCGCUACAUCGAGAGCCUGCAGGAGUUGCUGAGGGAGCAGGUGGAGAACUACUACAGCCUGCCCGGACAGAGUUGCUCCGAGCCCACCAGCCCCACCUCCAACUGCUCUGAUGGCAUGCCUGAGUGUAAUAGUCCUGUCUGGUCCAGAAAGAGUAGCAGUUUUGACAGCGUCUACUGUCCUGAUGUAUCAAAUGUAUAUGCCACAGAUAAAAGCUCCCUGUCCAGCUUGGAUUGCUUAUCCAGCAUAGUGGAUCGGAUCACCUCUUCAGAGCAACCUGGGUUGCCUCUCCAGGACCCGGCCUCUCUCUCUCCAGUUGCCAGCACUGAUUCACAGCCUACAACUCCAGGGGCCUCUAGUUCCAGGCUUAUCUAUCAUGUGCUAUGAACUAAAUACUAAGCCUAGAUCAGUUCUUCCAGGAGGGCCCAUUACACAGGAGGAAGGAGGCCCCAAAAAGUCCCAAACCAAGGCAACCUGUAUAUAGAGAUUUCAGUUGUAAAUUUGUAAAUAUUAUCUUGCCACUUUAUAAGAAAGUGUAUUUAACUAAAAAGUCACCAUUGCAAUUAAUACUUUCUCA